AUGGAUAUUGGAAGAAGGAAUACUCGGAAAUACAAUUUUAGAUGUCCUGAUCUUAUGGAACUAAGGAAGCUAACAUCUUAUAUGGAUGAUCCUAAGAGUUUCAGAGACCGUUAUGGAAGACUUCUAUCUAUUGUAUCUAUUGAUGUUGAGGAUGACCUUCUUUGUACUUUGGUUCAAUUCUAUGAUCCUGUUUACCAGUGCUUCACUUUCCCUGAUUAUCAGUUGUUGCCUACCAUGGAGGAGUAUACUGAUCUUUUGGGUGUGCUAGUUUGUGAUAGAGUUCCUUAUAGUGGAGUGGAAGGAAUCAUGGAAUCCCAAGUUAUUGUUGAAGCCAUUCACCUUAGGAAGUCUAACGUAGAUGCCAAUCUCACUGUCAAAGGAGGUAUCAGAAGGUUGACUUUAAUUUUUUUGAUUGAGAAAGCCUUUUCUUUUGCUAACGCUGGUAGCAUGAUGACAUUUGAGACUAUUCUCGCCUUACUCAUCUAUGGUUUGGUCUUGUUUCCCAAAAUUGAUAACUUUGUUGAUGUUAAUGCUAUGAGGAUCUUCUUGAUUAAGAAUCUGUCUCAUAUCUUCAUAGAAAACAAGAAUUGCUUAAGAUGGUCCCAAAGACUUAUGUCUCUCACUAAUGAUAACAUAACUUGGUAUUCUUCUGUUUAUGAUAAUGUUGAGAUUAUUGAUAGUAGUGGGGAGUUAUCUAAUGUGCCUCUUCUUGGUACACAAGGAGGAAUCAACUACAAUAUGGCUUUGGCGAGACGUCAACUUGGGAAAGGAAAAGGUGAGCUUGGAUGGAAUAGUUGUAAAACUUUGGAUCCUUACACUAGUUGGGUGAAGAAGAGAGAAAAGGAAUUCAAGAUGCCAUACGCUUAUGAAAGAGCUAUGUCCCUAGUAAUGGUUAAACCGCCCACUAUUAAAGGCAUAGAGGAGUUGCACGAGGAUUUGGAUAGGAUGAAGCAAGAGAGGGAUGAUUGGGAAGACAAAUUUCAUACCUCACACCUUGAGAAAGUAGAAUUGCAUAAGAAACUAAAAGAGAAGGAUGACUUGAUAGAAUUGCUUGAGAAACAUGUUGUGAAGAGAUGA